AAAAUCUUAGUGAUCAGAUUCUUAUUAGGCUAAGUUCUUGCGAAAGAUUAGAAAGGUUGACACUUGGAGGGUGUAGAAAGUUGACAGAUGAAGGUUUAUUAAAAUUAUUAGAUAAAUCUGAAGGCUUGAUAGCAUUGGAUGUGUCUGAUAUUGAAAAUUUGACUGAUGUUGUAAUUGAAUUGGUGGGCGAAAGAUGUAGAAGAUUACAAGGUUUGAAUGUAAGCAUGUGCAAAAAGAUUACAGAUAAAGGAAUUACAGCUAUUGCAUCAAAAUGUAAAGGCUUGAGAAGGAACAUAGCAUCUGGUCUUUGUAUGAAUGGUGUUCCUGGUACUCCCGCCUUCAAUGUGACUCAAUUUGAUUGUAAAAGUGCACCAGCAUGGGAUAUUUAUGG